CUUCCGGUCUGUGGGAGGUGAGGCCGGGGAGAAUACGCAUGCGCAUAAAAAGCUCCGCUUCGAGCCGGAACUUUGGUGCCUGGGCGCAGUGGCGCGUACAACCCUUUGCACCGUGCACAGACGGAAGUGGCUAUUCCGUGCGUAGGGUCGAGGUUGGCGCGCGGGACUAGCUGCGGCGGCUGACAAAUCGGAGAUUCAGGAUGGAGGCGGUGGCGGCGACAGCGACAGCAAAGGAGAAGGAACCCAGUGAGGGCUGCAUGGAGCCCAGAACUGGGCACUGGGGGGAGCUGAGCCAGAUUCCAGUUCCAUCUAAACCCCAGGGCACAGUGAAAGUGACGGAGAGCACACCAGAGGCCCUGGACAGUGACAACCCCAGAACUGAGAAUGCGGCAGUUACUGCCAUGCUGUACGCUGUGGCUUCCAGCCGCCUGCCUGUGUGCAGCCAGCAGCAAGGUGAGCCUGACCUGACAGAGCAAGAGAAGGUGGCCAUCCUGGGCCAGCUAUACCACGAGAAGCCGCUGGUGUUCCUGGAACGCUUCCGCACGGGCCUCCGAGAGGAGCACCUGGCCUGCUUUGGCCACCUGCGUGGUGACCAUCGUGCUGACUUCUACUGUGCCGAGGUGGCUCGGCAGGGCACUGCCCGGCCACGCGCUCUACGCACCCGCCUGAGAAACCGGCGCUAUGCUGCCCUGCGUGAACUUAUCCAAGGGGGCGAGUACUUCAGCGAUGAGCAGAUGCGGUUCCGGGCCCCCCUGCUGUAUGAGCAGUAUAUUGGGCAGUACCUCACCCAGGAGGAGCUCAGCACACGCACACCGGGCCCUCAGGCCCCCAGACCUGGGUCCCCAAGCAAACCCGCCUGCCCGCUCUCCGACCUGUUGCUCCAGUCCUACCAAGAGAGGGAGCUGCAGCAGCGGCUACUCCAGCAGCAGGAGGAGGAAGAAGCCUGCUUGGAGGAAGAGGAAGAAGAGGAGGACAGUGACGAGGAAGACCAGGAGUCUGGCAAAGACUCAGAGGCCUGGGUGCCUGACACAGAAGAGAGGCUGAUUCUUCGGGAGGAGUUCACCACCCGGAUGCACCAGCGCUUCCUAGACGGCAAGGAUGGGGACUUUGACUACAGCACGGUGGAUGACAACCCUGACUUCGACAACCUGGACAUUGUGGCACGGGAUGAAGAAGAGAGGUACUUCGAUGAAGAGGAACCGGAAGACGCACCCAGCCCAGAGCUGGACGGGGACUGAUGGCUGCCACCCCUGUAGCCAGCACCUCCACCCCACCCCACCCCAACAAGCAGCUGAUUACAGGCCGGCUCGGUGACUUCUCUGGGGGGUAUCGGGUCCGUGCGCGCGUGCAUGCACACACACACACCACUAGCCUCCCUGGGUCUCACCUCAGACAACACCACCACCUGUUUACAAGGCCUCCCCUGCUUCUUUCUCUGUUCCUCACUCUGUCACCUACUUCUGUUUUCUUCUUGCUGUUUUUCUGGGUUUCUUUGUCUCACUGACUCUCCUUUUCCCUCCUUCUUGAUCUCUGGCCACUGUCUGUUCCCCAGCUCUCUUUCUCUCCCGCCCCCACUCCCUACCCUGGUUCUGUUCCCACAGAACGUCCUCUCCUUGACUAAGCCUAGCCAGCGGGACCUGUCGUGGCUGGAACUGGCCAGUUGUCCGGGUGGCUGCAGCCGGGACCCGGCACAGCCCUCCCGCUGCUCCAGGAGCUCUACCUCAGUCUUCCUCCACCUCUGCCUGUCUGUCGGCCGGUGUCUGUGCCAGUCCUGCACUCAGCACCGCCAUCCUUGUGCUGUGUUCCCGUCUCUCCUUCUACCUUGUUUUCCGGGCCAGUUCUUUCUGCCUGUACGUUUCCAUUCCUCUCCCAGCUGUCUUUGUCCCUCUGUGUCAGCUUUAUCUCUGGGUUUCAGUCUCCCUCUCAAGGCCUAACUGCUGUGGGCAGCAGAACCCUGGCUGCUGAAUAAUGCAGCCUCACUGCAAGCAAGGGUACCCAGGAGGGCUUGGCAGAAGCAGAACUGGGGAUCACGGGGCCUGCCAGCUUAAGUGUGGGCAGGGGCAGGAGGGGCUCUCCUCGACCAGCCCAGCCCAAGACAGUUUUCCCUUCCUUUGCCUCCUUCCCUCUCCCUCUCCUGUUUACACUCCUCAAAUGUGUACAGACUGUUAUCAUGGGUCCUGAGUCAUCCCACACACAGGCUGCCCCAGCAUCCCUGCCCCAGCCAGCCACAGGGCCCGCCCCACCGAGCCCCCUGCCGCCCCAGGCUAAUGGGAGCCAGAUGGCUGCCUGUGACUCAGCCAUGGCCUGUGGGAACCCAGGCAUCCCACCUUCCCAUGCCCCGCACCCAGCAGACACUGAGGAGAGACUGGCCACUAUAGGGAGGGGAGGGCAGGGGGAGCUGCGGGCCAGGGCUUGGCAAGGCUGGGACCUGGAACCCCUCAGUUCUGCGAGACAGACGUGGCACCUUGCCCUGUCCAUGGCUGAAGGAGAUUUAAAAGCCCCUCCUGACCCCAGGCCUGGACUCUGCCCUCAGUCAGCCAGGAUCAAAACCAGACAUGCAAGUGAAAGCUGAAAAGGAGGCAGAGGGCUGUGCAGCUGGAGGGAUUACUACACAGUGAAAGCUUUAGCUGCGGAGCAGUUGGGUCCUGUGCUAAGCCUGAGAGACCUGCCUGACACCAUCAGGAAGCCUCUAUAAACAGCUCUUCAAAUAGAGGCUAUCAGAUGGUAUGGGAGGCCCUGACCUUCCCAAGGACCUGCUUCCUCAGGCCCCUCGGCCUCAGAGGAAGAGCUAGAGUGGGAACCAAGUGCUAGAAACCUCUGUGAGCCUGCCUGUCUGAUGUCAGCUGGACAAAGGUGCAGGGACGCAGACUGAGAUGGGAGGAUUUAAGAGGAAGCAGGUGUGUAGGAGGACAGGUAAUGAACUGCCGGACACCGCCCGGCCAGUGGGACCAGGCUAUCUUCGUGUAAGUCAGCGCUUGGAUUGCUGGGUCGCCGCACUGUCCUUUGAAAGGCGCAGUUGGUGCUACUGACUCCAUGUCCGAAAGCAGGACACGGCCGUGAGGCUGAAGACAGUCCAGCCAGCUCAACUCCAGACCCCGAAAGGUCACACCGUGUGGACAGACGGGAACUCUAGGAUUGAGGACAUUUGCCUCAGGUAUUCAUCUUUGUGUCCUCAGUAAGCACUCUUAUGGCAGCGGGUAUCAGUUAUCGGU